AAAGAUCUAAGAUAUUUCUAAGAUCUUGGCUCUCUUCAUGGGAUCUGAGACGGUCUGCUGUGAGUCAGAAUGACAUCCUGUUCUGUGAGGAUCAUAAUGAGGCCAGGUGGGACAGGUCUAACCAGUCAGUCACCAGCUCUAGAAAUGCCUCUACAUCCAGGAACACAGAGAUGACUCUGUUAGGGCCUCCUUCACUCUACUGACUGCCUGACCUGAAGACUGACAGGAACAAAGACGGACCAUCAGCUUUUUAAGGUCGGCAUCAACUCCUCAUCAUGUCCGACUUCAGGAGACACUUGGAUGAAGUGAAGAGCAAAGGAUUCGGUUCUGAGCAGAUAGUGAAGUUCUACAAUGACCGGGCAGAAACGUAUGAACAGGACUUUUUUGGAACCCUGGAAUUACGAUCUGCUCAUCUUCUCAUGGACAUUCUGGUUGCCAACUUCUCUGGAGAGCGUCAGAAGCUUCAGGUUCUGGAUGUGGCCUGUGGCUCUGGAAUGGUUGCUAAGCUGAUGUUCGAGGCGGGAUUCAGGAACUUUGUUGGAGUCGACUGCAGCCAGAAAAUGCUGGAUAUUGCUGCAGAAUCCGGACUCUACCAAGACCUCCAUCUGGCCUUACUGGGAACAGAACCACUGCCUGUGCAGACUGCUUGGUUUGACCUGGUGACCCUCGCUGGAGGCCUCGGCGUUGGUUUCUGUCCAGUCAGUGUGGUCAGGGAGCUGUGGGCGGCUGCUAAACCAGGAGGCUUCAUCUGUUUGGCCAGAGGGAACCACAGCAGCUCAGCAGAACAAGAGUUCAGGACUCAUCUGGAGACGGAGCUGCAGCUGAUGGAGGAGGACGGACUGUGGAGUCCGGUCGCCGUGAGACAGGAGGACAGAUACAUGCUGGACCCAAACCUGGAGACCAGCGGGGAGGGGGGGAAGGUGUACAUCACUGGGACCUGCUACCUCUACAGGAAGUCCAGCAGCACAGAGGGAAACCAGCGUCCAUUUAAAAAGAUGUAAAGGUCUGGUUUCUAGAAAAUAUCAUUCUAGAAGCAAAUAAAGCUU